CUGUCAAAACAGCACAGGAUUUUUUUCAUUAUUAUUUACGUUUUUUUACACACAAAUGGGUACAAUGUGAAAAGUUUUGAUCGCUCGACAACCACAGACACUUGAAACAAUUGUGUUCUUCUAGUGAAAAUUAUGUUGUUCUGUCCUACUUGUUCUAAUAUAUUGAUGGUGGAGGAAGCCCCUGAGUCUGGGCUUAGAUACGCCUGCAACACGUGUCCCUAUGUUUACAACAUCAGGAGGAAAGUUUCAUCACGCACUUUCCCGAAAUUGAAGGAACUUGACUAUAUUAUGGGAGGCGCUGCUGCCUGGGAAAACGUUGACUCUACCGAUGCUGUUUGCCCUAAAUGCGCACACGGGAAGGCAUUCUUCAUGCAGCUUCAGACUCGUUCAGCAGACGAGCCUAUGACUACAUUCUACCGUUGCUGCAACCACAAGUGUGCCCACAACUGGCGUGAUUAA